UCAUGACAUAAAUCCGAUACGCCCUGUUAUGAAAAGUCUAAUUUUGCUUUCAUUUAGGCAUUGAAGACGAUCAACAGCAGCAUGGAUGACGACUGUCCUGUGUGUAUGGGCCCUUUACAGAAUCCUUCACAGCCGAUUCAAUGCUGUAGAAAAGUGUUUUGUAAGUCAUGUCUAAGACAAGCGAUUUUAGCAAGACCCUGUUGUCCGUAUUGCAGGAGUCCCAUAAAUGACGCUGCCGCUCUUGCAUUAGGGUCUGCCGUACCCCUCUUCGGACUGCAAGGUAGCGGUGACUUGCUUCAGACCGCAGGAAACGUUUUCCCCCGUAUACAGGCUACCCUCGAUCGUCUUAGAGCUGCAAGAGCACAGACUUCACAGAUAACCAGCACUCCAAAUGUCAGCCUGCCUGGUUCGCUUACCUCGAACACUGCUGUACAACCUGCUUACCGAUCUAUUAUCAGACGUCGGCCGGUUCCCAGACCAAGGCUCCAAGGCCCAAGGCUUCUAAAUCCAGUCAGCAUCCCAGCAAACACCAGUCCUCAGUCAGAUGAUCUUGAUGACAUGAACUGGCAGGAUGUUCAGGAUGCUGUUAUGGCAACUGGAUCUCUUUCAGGUACCCUCGAUCGUCUUAGAGCUGCAAGAGCACAGACUUCACAGAUAACCAGCACUCCAAAUGUCAGCCUGCCUGGUUCGCUUACCUCGAACACUGCUGUACAACCUGCUUACCGAUCUAUUAUCAGACGUCGGCCGGUUCCCAGACCAAGGCUCCAAGGCCCAAGGCUUCUAAAUCCAGUCAGCAUCCCAGCAAACACCAGUCCUCAGUCAGAUGAUCUUGAUGACAUGAACUGGCAGGAUGUUCAGGAUGCUGUUAUGGCAACUGGAUCUCUUUCAGGAUACAUCUUGAGAACAUAUAAUUGUCCGUACUGUCAGUUAGGCAACCUGGAUGACCUGGAGCUCCGUGAUCACUGCAACAUCUACCAUCCCAGCGACAGGAGACAAAUUGUUUGCCCCGUGUGUGUGUCACUGCCUCAUGGCAACCCAACUUACUGCAGCAGGGAUUUCAUCGGCCAUCUCAACCUCCGCCACAGCUACUACAUUGAUGACAUAACUAAUGUCCACCAGACCGACCAUGUUAACUUGCAGGAUGCCAUACUGAGAUCACUGCGACAUACAUAAAUGCCACGUUUUCCUAUGAACUCUUAUUAUCAUAGGCUUGUUUCUUUCUGUUCAUGUUCAGCAUUGAAUUUAUUGUCAUGCCAAACUCCACAAUGGUGAUCAAUGGAUGAAAGUAGACAAUAGAUUUUGUAGUUUUCCAUGAGCUUUUUAACCAAAUGUACUAGGGGCAAAAUACAGCAGUACACUAUUUCUAUCUUCAAAUUAAAUGGGGAAAUCGAACCCAAUGCGACUCUCUGAUACUGUAGGUCUCAAGUGCUUGUUCAUAAGCUACUAAAAUUUUGUGGAAAGUUAUCUAAACAGAGGUGAAAAAGAAAUGAAUAAAUCUCUGUCCUGCCUCAUUUUAUAUCAGACUCGCAGAGAUAAAAUAAUUCAUUUGUUUACACCGAUUGAAAAUAUCUCAAGUCGCAUUAAAGGGUUUAGGAAUGAAAUCCAAUAUAAGCUAUGCUAGCAAUUUUACUCAUCGAUUAUGUAUAAUUCACUACUCAUGUCUAAUUCUACUCAUUGUUUGAUUUUAUUAUGUUUCCUUGAUAUUAAUAUGUCAAUAUGAUCCUUUCAGUUUCUUUCUUGUAUUAAUUAUUCUAUAUUCUAAUAUUGCCUAUCCUAAUUUAUUCUAAGCUCCUGGAUAUGGCUGGAUUUUUUGUUUUUAAUUAUAUCAUAUGUGCUUAUACAAAUAUACAGUAACAUACGUAUGCACAUUCAGCAGUAAUUGAUCUUCCUGUUGGUUUUAAUAUGCAGUACUCCAUAAACUCCUUUUAAGACCUGUGUUUUUAAAUGUGUACAAUAAAAGAGAUUGAAGAACAAGAGAA